AUGGGCAUUUCCGUGCAAAACCUGAAAGAUAAAGCCUUAAGGCGUGAUUUGUUCUUUCCAAGGGUCGUCACUUCAUAUUCACGUCGCGCAUUAUUUGCAUUUGUUGAUAGAAGGAUGGAGGAGUUUGGCAGCGGAAACGGAACGGCUGAAGAAACUCUUCGUAUAUCCAUUAUUGAGGGAGUACUUCUGCUGACGGUGGGUGCGACUUUUAUUAUUCAUGCUCCUUCAAGCUGGGUUUACGGUAAUGAGCCCUGUGCUCAGUUCCUGUCGAACUACCUAGACUUUUACUAUAACAGCGGUAUAAUGCUGACGGUCACUAUCCUCGACAUUAUUGUAGUCGUACGACUGAGGUCGAUGAAGCAGGUGCAGGGAGGCGUUCCUCGCAAUGGAGCUAAUGGAGGGCAAAGAGUAGCUGCUAUAUGGAACACAAAGGAGUUAAUGUUCUUCCUACAAUCCAUUGCCUGCUCGGGCGCUCUUUUGAUUUUAACCAUCGUCUACUACACAUUGAUACCUCUCACAACGACAAUGUUUAGUUAUUCGUAUGCACCACUCUAA